AUAUCUACACAUAUAUUUCAGUUUGUACCAUCAACUCAUAAUGGGAAGGCCUCCUUGCUGUGAUGAGUCUGGUCUAAAAAAAGGUCCAUGGACAGAUGAAGAAGAUCAAAAACUUAUCAAACACAUUCAGAAACAUGGCCAUAUCAGCUGGAGAGCCCUUCCUAAACUUGCCGGACUUAAUCGAUGCGGAAAGAGUUGUAGAUUGCGAUGGACCAACUAUUUACGACCUGAUAUCAAGCGAGGGAAAUUCUCCCAUGAAGAAGAGCAAACAAUUCUUCAUCUCCACUCGAUACUAGGAAACAAGUGGUCGACUAUUGCAACACGCUUACCAGGGAGAACAGAUAACGAGAUCAAAAACUACUGGAACACGCAUUUGAAAAAGAAGUUAAUCCAGAUGGGUAUCGACCCGGUGACACAUCGUCCAUGCACUAAUAUGUUUGCAAGUUUAAACCAACUCAUAGCCUUAGCAAACCUUAAGGAGCUUGUAGAUCACCAUUCCAUGUUAUCUUUAGACCAACAACUCUGCAUGAUUGCCAGACUACAAUCCGAACAAGCACAAGCGGUUCAUCAACCCGCUUUCAUCAACGCUAUAGAUCCGUUGGCAAGCGCGCUAAGUUUGGUUAGUAACCAUCAUUUUCAACCUGCCCCACAACUUUCUUUACAAACCAGCAUCAUGAAUCAUCCACCGGAUACCGAAAAUGAGGGAUAUUUAAACACUAAUGGAUCUUUAUCUUUGUUUGGAACCUCAAAUGUUGAUGAUCACAUGAACAUGUCAUUCUCUCACUUGCCGGACUUGCAGACAACAGAAAAUACUUCUUCUGAUGCAUGGAUAGCAAACUCUUGUUCGUCACCGGCUGCGCAUGUCCCGGUGGCGCCACCGGUGACAAUUAGUACAAGCAAUGAUGCAUGUAGUACUACUACUAGCUCUGGUGGUGGAGAAGCUGAAGCUCCACCACACUAUUGGCCAGACAUCCUCCUUGAAGACCCUAUAUAUCAUGAUAUACUUUAGAGAUGUGGAAAGUAUUCUAGCAUUUUUUUUUUUUUAAAGUUGUUCUAGUAAUAGACAGUUUGCUACACCUACGAGCGAACUCAAGGAAAAUCUGACAUGUUCUUUUAAGUGCGCUACCGUGGCAAGGUAACUUGUACUAGGAAAAAGUUCAUGUCAGAUUUUCUGAGUUCGUUCUUUGGUCUAGCGAAAUGUCUAUGUGUACUAUAACACGUACUUUCAAAAGCCUAGAAAUAAUUAACACAUCUUUAAAUUACCAUCUAAAAUCCAAAAAAUUCCCAUAUCUAAGCUUAUCUAGAGAGAAGUGAUCGAAUGUGUAUAUUUUGUGUGAAUGGUUCAAUUAUCAGUUUCUAGCUUACACCCAUAGUAUAAAUUCAUACAGGUUUCCCAUAAAUGUAUCUUCGUAGGCCGAUCAUGCAUUUAAGGAAAAUAGUUUUUGGCAGUAUGUAUAAACAUGUGUUAAGUACCAUUGUACCAAAGGUCUUGUCGACUCAUAUAUAUAUAUAUAUAUAUAUAUAUAUAUAUAGUGUGUGAGAUACCAGCUGUUUGUAUGUUUUUUAGUUCUUCUGCACAUUCUUGUGUGUGGGAUGACCGAUGUAAAAAACCCUUGUGAAUGAAAUCGGCAUAUUUCCUGCAACUUCAA